UAAAACUUUCCGUCGGAUAGAGCACAGAGGUCGAAAGAAACAAAACAAAACAAAACAAAAAACACCGAUUAAAUAAAUACACAAGAGGAUAUAUACAAAACUCGCUUGUAUAUAUAUAUAACAUCAGAGAAAGUUCUGAUCUUGUUCCCUUUUCUCAUCUACAAAUCUCUCGAUCUUCAUUCUCUUCUCUUUCUCUCUCUCUCUCUCUCUCUCUCUAAAACUCGUAAGCGCUCGGAUUCCGUUUAUAGCCGUUUUUCCAAGAAUUCAAGGCUCGUUAUUCUAAUCUCAUUUCAACGCAAUUGUUAUUCGUCGAUUCUAUUAGAAGUUCAGUGUUGAUGUGACGAUGUGUUCCUGACGUGAAUUUGUGGUUUACGGAAGUGAAAAUGUAUCGUUUUGUGUUGUGAAUAUGUUGUAACAUGAAAAUUAGGGUUUUUGUGAUUGUAUAUUUGUUGUUGGUGGUGUAAAUUGAUUCGGUUUGAUAAUUCGAUGGGGAAUAAAUUGAGCCGGAGGCGACAAGUGGUGGACGACAAGUACACGAGGCCGCAAGGGUUGUAUCAACACAAGGAUGUGGAUCACAAGAAGCUUCGGAAGCUCAUACUCGAUUCGAAGCUUGCCCCAUGCUAUCCUGGAGAUGAGGAAUGUGCCUGUGAUCUUGAAGAAUGUCCUAUUUGCUUCUUGUAUUACCCGAGUCUCAAUCGCUCAAGAUGUUGCUUGAAAGGCAUUUGUACAGAGUGUUUUCUGCAGAUGAAGACCCCUAAUUCAGCUCGCCCUACACAGUGUCCUUUCUGUAAAACGUCGAACUAUGCUGUGGAGUAUAGGGGGGUGAAAACAAAGGAGGAAAAGGGAAUGGAGCAAAUUGAAGAACAACGAGUUAUAGAAGCAAAAAUAAGGAUGCGGCAGCAUGAAAUUCAAGAUGAAGAAGAUAGAAUGCAGAGAAUACAGGAGGUGAGGUCUUUAAGCAGAAGUAUGGGACUGGGUGAGGUUGAAUAUAGCCCAACAGCAGAAGUUGAAGAAAUCUCUUCUUCUCAAUAUUCAUCUGUUGCUUCGACAAAUAGGCGACCUCUACGCCCGAGGCAAAACAGAGAUGAUGAAUUUGACCUGGAUCUUGAGGACAUAAUGGUCAUGGAAGCUAUCUGGCUGUCUAUUCAGGAGAAUGGUCGACAGAGAAAUACAGCCUAUGGUGACACUGCUCUGUCAGAACAGUACAUAACAGAAGAUAGCCGUGUCUCGGCAGCCAUGGCACCAUUAGCUGAAUCAUCGUCAUCCCCAUCUGGUGGACUGGCUUGUGCAAUUGCUGCCCUUGCCGAGCGACAGCAAAUGGAUGGAGAAUCCUCCAGUAACUUUAGUGGAAAUAUGUCGGCCAACAUGCUUCCUAGCUCUAGCAGGUUUUCCAAUAGAGAGGUGCAAGAGGGUGAGAAUUUUCCUCGUGCAGGGAGCUCAAUUGAGGUCUCACCCCAUGGCGGGAUGAUGGUGACUGGGGAUGACAGAGAAUGGGGUGUUGAUCAUGAAUCAGUGGUGGCUGAAGUAGAGACAAGGCAUGCAAGUUCUUUGGCAGCAGAAGAUGCUGGUAGGAUUGCUGCAAUGCCGCCACAAGAUGAAAUUGAAGGCAGCUUCCAAACUGUUGCAGGGCCCAUUGUUCCAGAGAGCUUUGAGGAGCAGAUGAUGCUGGCUAUGGCUGUUUCGCUAGCUGAAGCUCGAGCAAGAACAAGUGCACCAGGAGUUGCAUGGCACUAGUUUCCGGGCCAAGGUAUCUCUCUCUCUCUCUCUCUCCCCCCUAUACAGAUGUUACGGAACAGAUAUUAUUUUAGUGAAUGGAAGGUUGUCGAGAUAUGCCAUUUACAAUGAUUGAGAUCCCUUUUCUUGGACAAAUGGUCUUGCAGAGUA